AUUAAACUCCAAAUACUUUAUUAGAUGUAAGAGCUUUAAAAAUACGUCCCAUCUGUAACGGUUCCUUGUGCUGAAUAAUUUUUUUUCAACAGCACAUUGUUACAUGUUUUUAUAUCGGGUUCGAGUUUCAAUUUGUGAAAGAUGUCUGCGCCCAGACUACAUUGCUUGAUGGUUUUAAGUUCAGCGGUAGAAGGUGUAUCGGCACAGUCAUUUAUCCAGGCUUACACACUUGCCAGUUCCAACUUCUCCAUACAGCUAGCCUCGCCACACGGGAAGAAUGUGGAGUAUGUUCAGCAGGAUGACAACAAUAGACGCUGGUUCAACGAGUUCAGGAGUAAAGCCUCAUCCAACCCCAUAGCAUUCGAAACAGUGGACUCGGCAAGGUACUCAGCUCUGUUGAUUCCCUCAUCCCCCGGAGCGGUCCAUGACCUGGCCAGUAACACAGAACUCAGUCAGAUUGUCAACCACUUCAUCAGGGAGAAAAAACCAAUUUGUGCAAUAGGAAGCGGAGUUGCAGCCCUUUGUUGUGUUAUGUCACUCGAUGGUAAAUCCUGGGGAUUCAAGAACUACAGUAUGACUGGGCCCUCUGUGUUUGAGCUCGCCAGGACCCAGGAGUUCUCUUCCCUUCCUGUCAUUGUGGAAGAUUUUAUCAAGGAUCACGGCGGACAAUAUAACAAUAGUGAGAUGGAUGCUGUACACGUGAUCAUUGACAGACAUCUUAUAACAGGACAAAACGCUCACUCCACCCUGAUGGCAGUACAAAAUUUGACUCUAAUGUGUGCGCAAAAUAAACAUGCAGUAUCAGGCAGCAGGGAUAUGAGGUGAUAACAUGUUGCCUCUUUCACCAGCAUAACUUUACCGUACAUAUUAUUUUUACAAACGACAAUUGACCAACAUAGAAAUAAACCCAGUGAAACAGGAAACUGAGUAUCAUUGGAUAUAAGAGGCGCACAUUUUAUUGAUCAUGAUGCACUCAAAGGACGUUUGGAAGUGAUAAACAUCAUUGGCUUUAAUUUUAGAGACACGUUACAGUUGUGGUGACUUUAGAAAAGAUAAUCACUAAUCAUCCUGUUAAUUUAAAUUAUGGAAUAUUAUUUGAAACAGUUAUACCUGUAUUUUUAAUUGGAUCGUCGGCAGUUUAUUUCACAUGUAAACGGUGCUGAUUUGAGUUAAAGGCUCAAGUAAGAUUGUUCGUUUCAGAAAUUAGGACGAUAACAAUACUUG